CAGGAGAUCUUUCGUAGUAAUCCCCAUUCAACAUCUUCUUGCUGUCCAGUUCUUUUCCACUUGGAGAUCUUCGUACUGACUAUGGAUGCCAUGCUUUACGAGAUUUCUCAGGAAUAGCCUCGCACAAACCCGUCAUCGUCCCCCAGUGCUCCGCACUCUCUUUUCCUCCGAGUCGCAGCCCGAAUUUCAUCACCUUGCUUGCACCGGCGCCAGAAGCCUCCUCCACACGAAUUCUUGAUCCCUGCCGCCUUCAACUAUGUCGCAGUACCCUCAGCCAGGUCCGCCGGGACAGGAUGGGUACGGUCAACAGCCGCCAGCAGGGCAAAAUUACGAGAAUUACGAAACAACUUCACCGCCGGGAGUAGCACCUGCUCCUCCGCAAGGCCAGCCUCAUGCAGGCAGGAAGAAGCGUGCAUAUGCUGGACAGGCAUACGAAUUUGGGGCUGGAGCAAAUGCAGCCUUGGGAGGCCAACCACAAGCAGGCGAUGCGUAUUCAGGCUACUCUGUUCAACAAGAUGCGGCUGGCUAUCCCCAGGGAGGGUACCAACAGAAUCCUGUCGCAGCCCAGCCGAACACAACGCCCAUGUAUCCAGGCCAGGAAGCAAUGGGAGGUUACCAGCCACCAGCUACUGGAUAUCCUGCACAAGGGGUUGCAGGCGUCACGCAGCAAUUUGGGCAGAUGGACAUAUCUCAGAAGCCUCCUGUAGCUGCGGCGCCGCAGCAAUCACAACGUGCUCCUGUUCUGAAUCAGCUUUAUCCUACGGACUUGUCAAACCAGCCUUUCAACGUUGCAGAGCUAGACUACCCGCCUCCGCCCGCAAUCCUGCCACCCAACACGAGCGUAACCCCCUCGCCCUUUGCCAAUUGUCCGCCUAAAUACGUCCGAUCUACACUGAACGCCGUCCCAACGACGCACUCUCUCUUGAAGAAGUCGAAGCUGCCAUUUGCUCUUGUCAUCCAGCCGUACACUUCCUUGCACGACGUCGAAGACCCUGUGCCGAUCGUGCCUGACCAAGUAAUAUCGCGUUGCAGAAGAUGUCGGUCAUAUAUCAAUCCAUUUGUCACAUUCCUGGAUCAUGGUCAUCGAUGGAGGUGUAAUAUGUGCAAUUUGACCAACGAUGUGCCUCAGGCCUUCGACUGGGAUGCAGCGUCUCAAAAGAGCCUGGACAGAUGGCAGAGGCCGGACCUCAACCAUGCCGUGGUCGAAUUUAUCGCUCCUCAAGAAUACAUGGUUCGACCCCCACAACCACUGGUUUACCUUUUCUUGCUGGAUGUGAGUUACGCCGCUGUAACAAGUGGUCUAUUGGCGACGACGGCGAGAUGCAUUCGAGAAAGCUUGGACAGAAUACCAAACGCCGACCGACGUACGAGACUCGGAUUUAUCGCUGUGGACUCGAGCCUGCACUUCUUCAACAUACCACGAGAUGGGACUGAAAAUGCACAAACGAGCAUGCUUGUUGUGAGUGACCUGGAAGAGGCUUUCCUGCCUACACCUGCGGAUCUGCUUGUUACGUUGUCCGAAUGCCGGGAGAACAUCGAGAACUUCCUCGACAAGUUGCAAGAAAUGUUCCAAAACACUCAGAAUGGUGCCUCCGCUAUGGGAUCUGCACUUAAAGCAGGUCACAAGCUGAUUGGGCCUGUUGGUGGCAAGAUGACGGUCGUGACAGCCUCCCUACCGAAUAUCGGACACGGAAAGCUUGAUAUGCGUGAAGACAAGAAGCUUCUGGGCACUUCAAAGGAAAGCAGUCUUCUCCAGACGAGCAACAGCUUCUACAAGAGUUUUGCAGUCGAGUGUUCCAAGCAGCAGAUCUCUGUGGAUAUGUUCCUGUUCUCAUCCCAGUAUCAAGAUGUGGCUUCCUUAAGCAAUCUCCCCAGGUAUACUGGCGGACAGACCUAUUUCUAUCCUGGCUGGAACGCUGCACGGGAAGAUGAUGCUAUGAAGUUUGCCAAAGAGUUUUCAGACUACCUGUCCGCCGAAAUUGGCCUCGAAGCAGUGCUUCGUGUCCGGGCAACGACUGGCUUGCGAAUGAGCACGUUCUAUGGCAACUUCUUCAAUCGCAGCUCCGACCUGUGCGCAUUUCCAGCAUUUCCCCGAGACCAGAGCUACGUCGUUGAAGUGGCAAUUGAUGAGACCAUCACCAAACCGGUCGUGUGCAUGCAGACGGCCGUCUUGCACACGACUUGCAAUGGCGAGAGACGUAUUCGGGUUAUGACUUUGGCAUUGCCGACCACGCAACAGUUGGCAGAUGUUUAUGCAUCAUCGGAUCAACAAGCGAUCACCACAUACUACAGCCACAAGGCGGUCGAACGGGUCCUCAAUGGUGGUCUUGACAGCGCCCGUGAUAUGAUCCAGAGCAAGCUGGUGGAACUUCUUUCGACCUACAAGAAAGAGCUUGCUGGUGGCAGUAUGGGUGGAGGUGGGUUGCAGUUCCCUGCAAACCUUCGUGGUCUCCCCGUCCUGUUCUUGGCUCUCACCAAGAACCUGGGUCUCAGACGAUCUUCUCAGAUUCCCAGCGAUAUGCGCUCUGCGGCCUUGUGCCUGUUGUCAACUUUGCCCCUACCCUUGCUGAUACAGUACAUUUAUCCUAAAAUGUAUUCUCUCCACGACAUGGGUGACGAUGCCGGAACGAGCGAUAAGGAGACAGGCGAGAUCAUUCUUCCACCACCACACAAUCUCUCGUCCGAGCGCAUUGUGCCAUACGGGCUGUACCUGAUUGAUGAUGGUCAAACGCAAUUCCUCUGGAUCGGACGAGAUGCUGUGCCCCAAUUGAUUAUGGAUGUCUUCGGUCUCCCCGACAAGAGCCAGCUGAAGGUUGGCAAGCAGCGUUUACCGGAAUUGGACAACGACUUUAGCGAGCGCGUCAGAGCUGUGAUCUCCAAGAGUCGUGAUCACCGGGCCAAGGGUGUUGGAAGUAUCGUGGUGCCCCAUCUCUACGUUGUCAAGGAGGAUGGCGAACCAGGAUUGAGAUUAUGGGCACAGACGAUGCUCGUAGAAGAUCGAGCAGACCAAGGGGUCAGUCUCCAGCAAUGGAUGGGACAGAUGCGAGAAAAGGUGAGCACAUAGUGGAAUGUCAUGGUUGAUGAGCUUGAAUGCAGACGGAAUAUCUGUCUUGCUAACAAAUUUUGGGCAGGUCAUGCAAUGAGAAGCUGAUGAGCGCUAGCUAAGUUCCCAUAGAGCGAAUACAAGAAGGCUCGGUCAAUUAAGCCAUGGACAAACAAGGACAUGGCUUGUGUUGAAACAUUGCAAGUGGCCCAUCUUCCAUCUUCCAUCUUUUCUCGGCUCGCUUCGA